UAAAUUUUACACUACAUUUUAUAUUACUGCGGUGUUGUGUAACUAUUUCCCUCAAAAUAAUAUUUAAUAAAAUAAACAAUGUUAAGUUACAAAUAUUACGACACACCGGAAGGCUCAGAUAUUUUUAAGAAAACCUUUGUAACUAGCAAAUAUGCCACGCUUACGGGUCUCGCUGCAGCUUCGUUUGACGUGCUUAUGUUCUCUCAUCCUAAAGGAGUAAUUAACACCGUAGGUCGUUAUGGAUUCAUUAUUGGUCCUCUCGUUGGGAUGGCAGCAGCGUUUACCGUCACCGCAAAUGUAGCUCAAAAUGUGAGGGGCAAGAAUGACGAAAUAAACUAUUUCCUUGGUGGAGCGGCCGCGGGUUCCAUUUUCGGAGCUUGGCAGAGGUCGAUAACGCUUGGAGUGCCAGCAGCUAUACUCCUCGGUGCCGCUGCGGUAAUUAAGAAGACCGCAGUAAAUGAGGGCUGGGUGUUCUUCCCUGAUGUACCUCACGCAACAAAAACUAUCCAGUCUGUUAGACAUGACUGGAGUUUAGUUAAAGAUGUGGAAGAAUACAAGAAUUUUACUACAGGUUCUAAAUGAAAGUCUUAUAAAGCGAGAUGGUAGUGUAAAUAUGAUCAGUUUGUUAAUUUAAGUGUUAUAA